GCCCACGGGCUGAACGACGCCCGGUAUGACGUGCGGGCUCCGUGCGUGCGAGUGCACCGUAGCGACCGUAGUGCAAACGUCGAAGUCAUGGCUUCCGCGGCUCUUGGCGGCGACAAGUGCGGGUGGCCGCACUUGCCGCCAAACGUUAUGGAGCACAUCUUCAGCUACCUGGAUCUCACUUCGGCUCGCAAUUGCACGUUGGUGUGCAAGUACUGGCACGCGCUGCUCAGUGACGAGAACAACGACGUGUGGAGGUUACACUGCGCGCGCAAACUGGCCGAUGCUGCACUCAAGUCCGACUUGCUCUGGAGCGUACCGAGUAGCAAAGCCAAGUUGCGCGCCUUUUACCACGCGUGGGAUCCGCGCGAGUGCUCGCGCAACAUCUACAUCAAGUCGAACGGUUUCACGCUGCACCGAAACCCGGUGGCGCAGAGCACGGACGCCGCCAAAGGCAAGCGUGGAUUUGCGGAGGGCCGCCACUGCUGGGAGGUUUGGUGGGAAGGGCCGCUCGGCACCGUCGCCGUGGUGGGAAUCGCGACACGCGAGGCACCGCUACAGUGUUCCGGUUACGUGGCCUUGCUGGGCUCUAACGCGCACUCCUGGGGUUGGAACCUGGUAGACAACCAUCUGCUGCACAACGGAGACAGCCAGGGCAACUACCCGUUGCUCAACAAUGCACCGAAGUACCAGGUGGGAGAGCGACUGCGAGUGAUCCUAGACUGUGAAGAUAAUACGCUUGCGUUUGAGCGCAACUACCAAUUCCUUGGAGUGGCUUUCAGGGGGUUGCCUGACAAGAUGCUCUAUCCGGCUAUCUCGGCUGUCUACGGUAACACGGAGGUCUCUAUGGUGUAUUUGGGCCGACCGCUGGACGGCUGACGCCCUAUUGUGUGAGAAACUGUCUCAAACUGGCAUCUAUCAUCAUACUUCACAAGAUAGAGCAAUUAGGUGCUGGCUGCUGUUCCUGGGGAUGGUAUAUCUUUUAUAAUGGGUUACAAAGGGUCAGUGCUCAUGCUAUCCCUACUACCGGUAUUGUAGAGGGAUAUGGCUGGUGGACACAGUUCAGAACUGCGCCACCUUUAAGGCAAAACUUUAUUUGCCCCUUAAGUCUAAUUUUUGGGGGCUGUUUUGCAAUAGCAGCAACUCUGAGAGGUAAUGCAAUGAAAGGGCCCCUCACCAGAUGAUAUAACGAAGUUUAGUUACACACUGGAAGUUUUUGUGCAUCUAAUGAAAAUCAAUAUGCCACAAAAAUUUUUUAAUCAGUUCUAGAAGCGAAGAAAACCAAUGUUUUAAAGCGGCGCAAAACCAUGAUGCGAAGAGGCAAGCUCCAAACUAUUGCUGCUCACCCCGUUUAGCCUUCGCAUGCGAAAUCACUUCCCUGCCCUCUUCGGCACGCGAGCGAGAGGAUCACAUGCAUACACAUGAAUAGGUCAUGUGCAUACAAGGUCAUGAGUUCAUAAUGUGCCCGAGCCCCCAUGACACUACCAGUAUUGUGUCAGUAUUCUCUGCACUUCAUCCUCAAAUUAUGCUGAAUGUGCCCUCGCUGAUCACUUGGCUUUCAACCUAUUACGGAAUCUGAAAGCUGAAACAUUUCUAUGAACGAAAGUCUAGCGGUAUCAUCAGCCGAUGCCGCAUGAAAAUUUAGUUAGAUGCUGUAGAAUAAAUGAGUGCUGGAGUGCGGUAGAGCUUAAGUUUCACUGUAAGGGGAGGCGUCUGCACAGUGUGCAAAGGGCGAGAAUAGGAACACACGUGAAACAGAGGUAAAUUCGUCUCGAAUCUUACGGCGAUUCACAGUAAAAAUUUAGAAAGAAAACACGCACAUGCUGUUAGCCUGUUUGUUAUUGCUCUCAAGUUUUAUCUUGUCAAGGAACAAAUUACACGAACUACUCGUCGUGUCAAAUAAUUAUCGCAGUGUCAUGGCCUACUGUCGGUGACGUAAGAGCACAGGUGUAUGUAGAGAAGCAACGUCACAGCAAUUCGACUACGUAGGGCUAUUUCAUCUUGUACGCCAACCCCUCAUUCUGUGGCCACGUGCCCGCGAGAAGGGCAAGCAGUGUUCAGCUUGAAAUUUGGCACAUUUCCGCGGUAUGUAGCAUUGCAAAUUUUAACAGAUGUGAUCGUAAACACGCAGUGUAUGCAUUGCACUCGUCAGCUCAAUAUAGUCAGACCUGGUGAGGGGUGCUUUAAAAGGGCUUGUGGGAACCAGGGGCAUUAUUUAUGAGGUGAAUGAAAAAUAGUGUGAAAUGUGGCUAAAACUGGUGACACACGAUCACUUUUGAUCUCAAUUGGGCCUAAUUCAGAUUGAGCUUCUUGAUCAUGAUUAGCUCCUUUAGGCAAGCUGCAAAAAGGGAAGAAAUUUAAUUCCAUUUGGGACCAGAGAACCCACCGUGUGAUGCCGGUAUUCAACAGAACUAGAGAAAUUGUCUGUUUAUUUUAUUUAUUUACAUACGUAUUUAUUUGUGUGCUCUCAGGAGCCCUAGGGCAUCAUUAGGCGGAAUGGUCAGAUGGUAAUUUAUUAUCUGCAACUUGGACGGCUAAAAGGUCUCUGCAGCAAUUGAGGUAGAAAGGUGGUUCUAGUUACUGCUUUCUCCCAGAAAAAAAAAGGCAUAGCAAGUGAUGUUGCAAUGUAAGGGAAUAUUUACCCUGAGCUUAUGAUCAGUCCAUGCAGGCUUGUAUUCUGAAGAAGAAAAAGACCAUAUUUAGGUGAUGGGUUAUUGCAAAAAUGUUCCAAAAGCUGGUUGAGUUCAUGAUUAAAAAAAUAAUGUACUCCGACUUAGCACAACAAAAUGUAACAAAUACUACGCAGACGUUCAGCCACCUAAGCGGGUGGCAUUCUCAGUAUGCACUGGCACUAAAUCAGCUAAGGUCACCCUGUCUACUGCUAGUCUCUGUACACAUCCUAUAGGGGACCGCGGUUGUUGCAUGCAUAGCUUGUUACAGUGGAUAAACUACUAUUCUAGAAGCUUUCUCUUGCCCCACCUUUGUUACCGAGCCAGCGUCGUCGCAUUUCUGAAGUUGAAAACAUGCCCCAUUGUCAAAAUCGCGAGACAGGCAGUUUUGUGAAAGAUGUUUAAGCGGAAUUAUUUGUAAGGUUACUGAAGAAUUGGUGGACCUUAAUUAGCUUUCAUUAAAAAAACACAAGCAUAAUGGGAGUAAUAAAAAAAUGACAGGCAGUACAAUAUUGAAUGGCUUAUAGGGCAGUGAUUGGUGCAUGGUUGGGUGAAUUCCAAUUGGAGCAAACACGUUAUAACUUACCUAGGGCCUUCUUGUGGCAAGAGUAGUGCUUUUAUUACUGUGGAAGGUUCAUCAAUAUGGCAAAGUGGCCAUGUUGGUCACCUAUUUUUAAGAAUGCUAAAAGUUCAGGGGAGAUGCAGAGAGAAAAGAGUGCACACACACACACACGUGCUGUUCUCAAAAAAAAAAUCUUUAACGCAAUAGUGUUAAAGAGCUCGUUUCGCAGAAAUUUCGGUGUCGGCGUCGUUGGUUGUGAGCUAAAAAUCAUCUCGUGUGUGACCGAAAAAUCGAGAAAGAUGCAAAUGAAAUAAAUGAUAAAUUCUGGUUAGUAAGGAUCGAAUCCGUGUCGUUUGCAUGGCAAGCAAGUGUUUUACCACAAAGCCACACGUGUUCUUGGGAAAAUAGUGAAAACAACUUCCUCUGCUUGGAAAUACAGUGAAAGUAACUUGCAUGCUUUACAAACACGUGCAUCCUGUAUACAUGCUACACAGUACGAAUUGUAAUAUUGCAGUAAUAAUGGGUAGUACAAGCGCACAUUGUGAUCAGUUGUCACAAUAUGUGAUUAUCGUUAAUUCAUUAUUUAAAGCACGCCACCCACUACAAAAGGCACAUAGGUUACUACCCCAUUCUCCUUAAGGCCACGUAGUAAGUGCAUAAGAAGUUAUACAGGAUUCCAAGCGCACAAUUGCCCGUGGUUCAAAGCAUGCUACCCAUUACACAGAGUGUAGCCGUAUGCGAAAGCUUUGCUGACAUAAGCCUCUUUGAACUCGGUAUGCACUAGGGACAGGAUAUCGCUGUCGUGUUCAACUCUUGAAGGCGAAGCUUAAAGGACAACUAUUGAGUCAACAUUGAUUGUCGAAAUAGCGGUCCAAAAACUUCGUAGUAUUAUUUUUUUGCCAAGAAAGGGCUUAUUUUGAAAUAAAAUCACGUCCACAUAGAGUUAGCGCACUUUAGUUUACCCGCCUCAAGAAGAGGGCCAUUUCCCGUCAUUGCUGUCGUGCACAACAUUGCCCAGCUUUACUGUGCGGCCGCUGACACUAGUAUCAGCUGAACGAAAGUGGCGAUAGCCACAGCAGCAACAACGGCCAUUGAUAAAUUUCCUGCCAUUGGCUCCGAGAUAGCAGAUGUGUUUUGGUUCAACUGGGUUCCGCUAGAUAGCACUACCUGUCCAUUAACCACGCAAAAAUUGAAUAUUCGAACCACUCGCCCCGUUCCCUGUAGUAAUGUCCGGCGGUUCUUUUUUCCAUGAAUCAAACAGAAAUGAACAAGCAGCAUUUUAUUGCGUUUCUUGAUGCACGGAAGGUUCUUUAUUUAGUGCAGCUCGAUCGAUUACUAGUGUAUAAUUGUAGACAGUUCGUUUGACGUCUUCGAGAUCAUUUUGAGAAUGUCCUUCUGAGACACAUGUAUUAUUGUGCAUUUAGCUUAAUAUCUGAGUAAGUAGGGCACUGUUGUGGAUAGUAUUGUCGUUUUAGAUGUUGUCAUACAUUGAGCUUUUACUAUGACGUAAAUACUUAUUUGACUUUAGUCUCCCUUUAAGGAUACCCCAAUUUUCGUGGUCUUGACACUUAGCUUCUAAUCUAAAAAGAUGCAGCCAGUUAUGCAAUUAUUGUUGGAAGCUCCAGAAAGAUUACAUACUGGUAAAAGAGAGUAGCUGCUUUUCAGAUGAGAAUUGCCUCCUGAAACCAUUUUGACAUGGGGAAAAAACAAACUUUGAAAAAAACACUUGGUUCAUAUAAAGAUGUGCUCGAGAAGUUAAUCAAGUGCACUGAUUAAACAUAUUGACCUUUAGUUAGGGGGAAAAUAUCUGUUACAGCACUUAUGAAGUGGAACCACCUUACCAACCUUUUGAAAAACUUGCAUCCGAUUUGCAGCAACUAAUAGUGUAGCUGUUAGACUAAGUUAGUCGUAUUCGACCCAUUAUAACUUUUUAGCAAGCGAAACAAUGAAACAUUUUUUACAUUCUCGGCUACAAUUUGGAGAGGUUUUGAAGAAACUGAAAAUGGCUUUCUUUUUUUUUUUUUUUCAGAAAACUAUUUUCAAAACGUUGGUGUUUAUGGUAAACCACCUAUGUAUAAGUGGCAAUUUUUAAUUAUUAUAGUCAAUGCAAAAACAACAAGAAUUGUACUAAGUGUAAUGUCAAAUAUCUAAUUCGGUAUGUGCCCAGUUUUAUUACCCUCAGUUUAACUUAUCCUCAACAAUACUUGAAAUACAGGUAUUUUGUGCCGUUUACCUUGUUUGAGUAGUGACUUUUUUCCUCAGUUCAUUCAAUAGCAAAGGGAUAUUGACUACUCAGAAUAUUUCAUUGAGCUUCUUCUUUGAUGGGAAUGAAUGUUUUGACCAUGAAAUUGACUUUUUUGUUGUUGCUAAGGGCACUAAAAUUCAUGAGAGGGGAAAAGUGGCAAAAAUGUAUUUUUUCAUCCAAUUUCAUGAAUUCAAUUUCUAGGCAACGAAUUAUCUUUUUUUAUAAAAUCAUUGUUCUGGCUUUAAAACUUGCACUUAGAAUAAAUUCAAUAAACAUUGUAAAUGGCAUAGAGUUUCAUACUACAAUACCUAGAGGGUUAUCUUGGGCUAAUGUCUAUGUGGGCUUCUCCAGCGACACUUGUACAACCAUAGGAAUACAGGCUUCGGAUGUGCUUCGAAAGGCUUUCGUUCUUAAGAUUCGCGAGGCUUCUUUUCACAGUGUAAAACAUAGUGAUAUAAAGUUAUUUUCAAUCCAAAGCUGCUUCAUUCUUUUGUAUGCAAAAUUUACUGCAAAAAGUUUCCGCAACCAUGAGAUUUAAAUGAAACCUGGACAAAUUGCUCAGCCAUUGUGUUCCAGAUUUCACAUCAGGAUAUGAUAGAUUAUUUUUUACAACACUUGAAAACAAACACGCAUGUUUUUCCCUUGAAAGUAUGUAUUAGCUAUCUAUGGAAAUAGCAGUACUGUGUUGAGUUGGAAACAACGCAUCGUCUGCUACAAUGCCAGGUGCGUCUGUCUAAGUGGCCUGCCCCCAACAUAUUUCUUGUUUUGUUGUGAAGACGAGUAAGAGGAGCGUGACUGCACAUUUACUUAGUUUAGCUACAGUUUUGCAGUCGAAUUGGGAGAGUUUUGACACGACGCUCUCAAGAAGACGGAAACUCUGUGUGAUAUCCACGUCUAUGCCCAGCGGUAACUGCGCAAUGCUUUCCCAAAACUAUGUAUGGCUUGUAAAGUUGCAGUGUAGCAGCUGACGAAGAGACCCAGCGGUUUUCUGCCUCCUUGAGCAAUGAACACGCUGCUUGAGUGCUUUGCACCGCACGUCAAUACCUAUGCUACAUGAUAACCGAAACUGUACGAAAAGAUUCGUACACAGUUUGCUAGUUAACGCUAUUCAAUCUGAAGCUUGUACUUUCCAUCAUUUCCAUAAUUGUACAACAAACACAGCAACAGUUUCUUUUCUAGGCUAUUGUAUAAGACUGUGUGGUGAAUUAUGACCAAAACCUUGUGUUCUUGUCUGGACACAUCGACCAGAAGAGUGCAGUCAAUAUGUAGUGUCACGGAGUUUACAUUGUAAGCACGUACUGGCUUUUAUAUGGUAAAUAAGGCAGCCAUAAGCAAUGUAGACUGCAGCAUGGCAAUUUUACUGAGAAAUGCAAUGCAGUGUAAGCAUGCAAGAAAUAAAUGCUUUGAACACAA